AUGUUUCUCAUUACAGAACCAUUAGUUUCUCUUAAGAAAAAAGGUACUGCUACUAGACCAAGAAAGGCCAUGGGCUGCGCACAAGGAAAGUCUUCAGUAAAUACAUCACCGGCACCAGGAGGGUUAGAGAAGCUCAAGAUGGAAAGUGGGUAUAAGGGAAAAGGAGAUAUCGCUGGUCAUAGAAGAUCCACUGGGCAGAGAUACUCUGGCAGCCUCUAUAAUCCUGAACAACCAACAAAGAAAUAUAAUGAGGGUCGUGCCGGUGGUGGCGAAGAUAGGAAAUUGAAUGAGGCAGAUAGAGACAGAUUUGUGGAGUUUGGUGGGGAGGAGGUAGUAGACGGGUGGCCCAAGUGGCUAACUGAUAAUAUUCCUAGAGAGGUUUUGGCCGGUUUGGCUCCUAAGAGUGCUGAGAAUUAUGAUAAGCUUGCUAAGGUGGGAGAGGGUACGUAUAGCAAUGUGUAUAAAGCUCGAGAUAAAGGAACAGGGAAAAUUGUUGCCUUGAAGAAGGUCCGCUUUGACUCAUCAGAACCAGAGAGUGUGAAAUUUAUGGCACGGGAGAUCAUGAUAUUACAGAAGUUGGAUCAUCCGAAUGUGGUCAAGCUUGAAGGACUGGCCACAUCAAGAAUGCAGUAUAGUCUUUAUCUAGUUUUUGAUUUCAUGCAGUCUGAUUUAUCAAAAAUAAUCUCGCGUCCUGAAGGAAGACUUACUGAACCACAGCACUGUCAUGAAAGGGGAAUUUUGCACAGAGACAUUAAAGGAUCAAACUUGUUAAUUGAUAAAAAUGGGAUGCUAAAGAUAGCUGAUUUUGGGCUUUCAAAUUAUUAUUCUCCUAAACAGAAGCAACCUCUGACAAGCCGAGUUGUGACCCUUUGGUACAGAGCUCCUGAGCUGUUGCUGGGUGCUACACAAUAUGGAACUGGUAUUGAUCUCUGGAGUGCUGGAUGUCUCUUGGCAGAGAUGUUUGCAGGCAGGCCGUUUAUGCCAGGAAGAACAGAGGUUGAGCAGCUGCAUAGGAUUUUUAAACUAUGUGGAACUCCUUCGGAGGAUUAUUGGAAAAAGCUAAGGCUAUCCACAACCUUUCGACCACCACCAACCUACAAACCUAGUCUUUUUGAAGCUUUCAGCGCAUUUCCUGAAUCAGCUUUGGGUCUGUUAACCACUCUUCUUGCUCUGGAUCCUGCAUCUCGUGGCUGUGCAUCUUCAGCUCUCGAAAAUGAAUUCUUUCAAAGAAGCCCUUUGCCAUGCGGUUUAUCAGGCCUACCGGUGAUCCAAAAAGAUGAAGAUGAGCUGACACAAGUUGAUGCACUGAGAAAGCGCAGGAAUGCUAAAAUGAAACGAAGGUCUCAAACAUAUCGUGAGCGUAAGAAAAAAGAUUUGGCAGCUGACGAACCAAAAGAAGAUCCUGCGCAACCUAAGGAGGAGCUAAAGGAGACAGCUGAGUCGGUCAUCCAAAGCCAAGAGCCAGCUGGUAGCAGCAGUAGCAGCAGUAACUCCUCUGGAACUAAACCGACUCGCCUGGUUGAGACACCACCUAAUUUGUUACUCUCCCCAGUUGCAACUUUUAAGAAGAAGAUGUCUCCAAAAACACAAGGCCAUCCUAAAGCUAGCAAGAACGUCAAUAACCUGCCCCCAUUACCUGCCUCGAGAACAGGCAGCACCAAGUACAAUGUGAACAAUGAAAUGUACAGAUUAAAUCGAGUCCAUAGGUCUACUUCCACAAGAGAAUUCAGAAAAAUCGAUCAAGGGAAGCAGUCAGGAGGACUCUAUGCAGUCGAUACCUAG